AUGUUCUUCAACAAGGCAAAGUUCUGUAUCGCAGGUGCAUUACUUGGGUUAUCAGCGACGGCAUUCCCACUGGACGCCAAAGGAGAAUCAUGGGAAGCACCCCAUGGUCCCAAGGCGAUCUACUUCCUCUCCAAUGAGGACGCAAACUCAGUGGUCGCAAUCCCGAUUGGUCUCGAUGGUACUCUGUACGGAGGUGCGACGAUUGCUACCGGCGGAAAGGGCGGUACGAGUGUUACCGCCACCGGUGCUCUCAAUGCCCCAGACACUCUGAGUUCACAGUCUGCUUUGACUGUUGUUGGAGAUUACCUGUUUGCAGUCAAUGCCGGAUCGAGCACCCUGAGCAUGAUGAAGAUUUCAAAAGAAGACCCGACAGAUCUGAGACUUCUUGGUGAGCCAGUUGCCCUACCUGGUCAAUUCCCCGUGACUGUUGCGGCAUCAAGUAAGUACGGCCUCGUGUGUGUCGGCACAACUGGUGCCCGGGCUGGAAUUUCCUGUGGGUCCUACACGAGAAAGGGCUUGGGUGACAUGAUCACAUUGACGACGUUUGCUUUGAACCAAACAACACCUCCAUCUGGACCUUUCAAUGGUGUGGCACAGACUUUCUUCUCUGAGGACGAGACUCGCUUAAUCACGACGGUGAAAGGUGAGCCGGCCAACAACAACACUGGCUUUGUGUCCGUGGUUUCGACUGAGGACUUCUACUCAUACUCUGGCACUCAUGACAUACGAAGCUCCCCUCAUGGCACCGCUGUGCUUUUUGGUUCAACAGCCAUACCCGGAACUUCCAACAUCUUCGUGACAGAUCCUUCUUUCGGUGCGGCGAUUCUUGACAUUGACCUUCGCACAGAUGAGGUUUCGUUAGUGUAUAAACAAACCAUCGAAGGUCAAGGAGCAACUUGCUGGGCCGCCUAUUCUAAAAAGAGGGGAAGUGUUUUCGUGGCAGAUGUAAUAGUCAAUCGUAUUGUUGAAAUGAGUGCAUUGGAUGCCCACAUCAUAUCAACCGUGGACCUCACCAAUGGUGAUCCCGGGUUGAUUGAUCUCAAAGUUUCUGGUCGCUAUGUUUACGCUCUUUCUCCAGGAAAUGGCACCACCCCUGCAGCUGUUACUGUUGUGGAUUCUGUCAUAGGAAAGGAAAUCCAGCACUUCCUUGUCAAUGGCCUUGGUGCAAGUAAAAUCUCGCAAGGUAUGGCAAUCUUCAAAUAG